AAACGCAGAGAUCGGCAGAGCUGAGAGGCACUGAGGAGGGAACACACAUUGACUCUUCAACACACACUCACACACAAAGACAACAGGCCUAUUGUUGACACACACUCAAAUACUUGUUGAUCAGUCUAACGCACACACUCGUUAUCACGCACAGUCUUGGCUGGACCCUGGAUUGACCACUUGAGGAUACAUCCCACAGGACUCCUUUUCCCAUCAUGCACCAGCGGAGCUUCUCGGAGCUCCAGGGGGUCACCACCCAGCGAGGGGCCUCAACCCCACGGACUAGCCAGAAUGGAGCCUCGUGGAGCUCCAGGUUGAGGGAAUCGGGUCGUUGCCGCUGCCCUCCGAGGGGAGCUACUCUGUGGACAUGGCUGCUCCUGGGGGCCCUGGUGCUUCCUGGGGCCUGGAGCUUUCUGAGUGAAGAGCAAGAGGAGCUGGUGGUGGAGCUUCAUAACUACUACAGAGGGCAGGUUCAACCCAGUGCCUCAGCCAUGCUGCCUCUGAAGUGGGACUCUAACCUGAAGCUGCUUGCAGAGGGCUACGCCGCAAAAUGUGUCUGGAACCACAAUCCAGAACUGGAGGACACCGGAGAAAACCUGUUUGCCGGAACUGGGCCUCUGGAUCUCCGAGUGGCUCUGGAGAAAUGGUUCCUGGAACGCCUGGAUUACGACUUUCACAACAACAGCUGUGAUGAAGAUAAGAUGUGUGGACACUACACACAGAUGGUGUGGGCGGACACGCACAGAGUCGGCUGUGCCUUCCAUAUCUGUAACAGUAUGGAGGAACUGGACUGGGAGAGAGUAUCCUUCCUCGUCUGCAACUACUACCCAGCGGGAAACUAUGAAAACGAGCGGCCGUAUGUUGAAGGUGACUGGUGCUCCAGAUGUCCAGAAAACCUCCAGAAGUGUGAAAACAACCUCUGUGCUCCUGAGAGGGUGGAGGAAGACGCUGAAGACGAAGGAGUAGAAGAGAGUGAACACGAGGCGACACCUGAUCCCUCCCUCCAGCCUCCAGAAACUAACCCUCCUGGAACAUUCGACCUCCCUGACACCACCGACAGUGAUACCAGUAUCAUGCCCACCCUCUUCAGCUGGUUCUCUACAGACAUCCCAGUAACAGCCACCACUGCCAAAGUCCCUGAAACUCAAUCAGCAACAGUGGGAAAAGACGAAGAGGUCGAAGAAAGGGUGGAGGAGGAUGAGAAGGUGGAGCCAGAGAAGAGAAAGGAAACUACAGCUAGGAAGGCGGCAGAAAGGGAGGUAGGCGUGACACGAAUAAUACACCAGAACACCGGAGCAUCAAUGAAUGCUGCUUCAGUGUCCUUACCUCCGGUCCUGUUAGCCUGUCUGACUGCGAUGCUCACUCUCAGGCUGUGAGGAGGAAGAGGACGACCUCACCACUCUUGCAUCGACUGCACAUUACCUUGUUAAUCCGCCCUGCGGUAACAAACUGUUUCCCCUGUAGAGCAAAAUAGGUCAGUUAAUAAUUCACACUCACCAGAAAACAGCUGCUGCAACAUCUGCAUGAAGUCUGGGCUGCGAUCUGGGUCGAAUAAUGUGAGCACAACCUGCUUCAACCUGAUGGGAAAACCUAAAUAUUACUGCCAGGAAAUUACACAACUAAAUUUGCAGUUUUGAUAGAGAGGAAACUAAUUCAGCUCGUGAGCUUUAAGGGCUUUUCAACUGCUAAAAGACAAAAAAAGAGACUUAUCACUGCAUUUGCAAAGCUUUUCCAUCAGAACUGUUGUCAGACAGCAGCCUUCAAAUUAGCAUCAUUAUUUCCCUACAUAUAAACCUGUGUCAGAACAUGGUUAGCCGAGCUUACUGUGAAGAUGAGCAGAAGUUCUGUCCAAAGAACAACAGAAUACACCCACCCACAUCUGCAAAGCUCACUAAUUAAAAGAUAAAUCAUCAAACUUUGCACUCUCAACCUCCACGGCAGACUGUGGGAAUGAGAUGUCACACUAAACUUACUGUGGAGGCAGAACAACAAUGAAUAAAAACCAUCUGGUAAAACUUCCAAAGUCCAAGAAAAGCAACAAUCCAAAUAAGAACGCCAAAAUAAAUCAAAAAGGAAAGCAAAGACGCAACGUGGAGGGAAGCGGCGAGGGACAUGCCAUUAACGGGCUGGAAAACAGAAGAACUGAAAAGGACAAAGGGAGAAACACAAGGCACAAUAACGAUGAAGACAAAGACAUAAGACUGAUCAGGACACAUCCAGAAAAACUGUUUCAACAAACACAAAAGAAAACAGCAACUGCAUAUAAAUUGCUCAAACUCCCUGCAGGUUUACCAAUAAAUCAGAUUUUUACAUCAGCAUUUUUUGGGGGGUUUUCAGUCUGACUAAACGAAAGAGAUAUUAGCCAGCUGGAACAAACAUUUAACGACCUGCAUUAGCCAUACAGAAUACGACAUAACAACAUAUUCAUUUGCUGGUUCAUUUUUUUGUGUGAGUCUAACUUUCUGAAGCUUAGCUAAAUCCCUCGGUGACCAUUAUGAGGACGAGUGCAAGGUAUUUUAUUUGGAUGGUGGGUUGCACAAAAUGAGUCGAAUUUAUUCAGAGGACUUGAGACAAAUUGACAAAAAUUUGUCCUAAAAGACUUGCAGUUAGCUUAAAAUUAGUUUAAAUGGCUCAGAAUGACUCAAAGCUUGUUUAAAAUUGCAAAAAAUAUGUUGAAAACUUUUCAACAACGGCCCAAAAAGGUUUCGAUCGGCUAAUGUUUUGGCCUCAUCCACAAAGUGUAUAAUCAGUUCAAAUAGUGGCAGAAUCUGACUGGUUGACAUUUGUUUUUCUGUUUAAAAUCACAUUAAAUGAUCAAAGUGUCAGAUAGAAGAACAUUUUGAGUUUACAAAACUUAGCUACGGCAAGUCUUUGCUAGCACUAAUUAUUUUGCACUUCUGUUUUUCUGUUACUGAGAAAUCAGUGAUGAUGUUCCAACAUAUUUGUAAUUUGUAUUUCAAUGCGGCAUCAUGUGAGGCAAUAUUUGUUGACCAAAGAAAGAGAUUAAAAUGACCUGCAAUAAAUGUAAUUAAAUCACCUUUAUUACUUGCUGUGAAUAGAAACAGACAUAAAUUCACAUUUUUGUUUGCCAGUUGUUUAAACUUUGCUCUACAUUUGGAUGAAAACCCAGCUAAUGAACAAUGCCAGACCUGAUUCAGAGAUCUGAAACUAGGCUAGCUGUUUCUCUUGACCUUUAAUCUUUGUGCUAAGCUAGGCUAAUCAUGUCCCACAUCUUCAUCUAGACUGUAAGCAGACAUAAAUACUCUAAUGCUGCUUUUUCUCAGAGAAGAAUGAGGUUAAAUGAGUUUACCCUUUACUGGAAAGUGCCCCUGUUUGUUGCACAUUUUCCCAAAGUGGAUUUGAAAGUUUAUCAUUUAGCAGUGCGGAUUCACUGUGCUAAUAAUGCCAUCAAAGAAUAAUAAUUUAGUGCUGAUGUGGUCUCUUAAGAAUAAAUCCCAAAAAGUAUUGUUAUAUCAUAAUUUGUCAUUUGGUGUUUGAGCUCCAGAUACACGGAGCUGUGCUUCCUCCGUACUGAAAACCAAAAAAGAAUCAAGUGGUGUGGAGAGAAGCUGCUCACCAAACUGUGCCCCCUCAGAUCGCCUCUUCAUGCUGGGCCGUGCAUCAUUUGUAUCUGCAGGGCGAAGGUGGUAUCAGUGCAUUUCUGUCUCAUAGAAAAUGAUUUGAAUACACAGCAUCAUCUCAUGUGGAAUAAAACACUAUUAUGAUCAAGCGGAGGCAAAGGGAUUUGGGGACAUUUUUAUUGUGAUUUGAUUACAGUUGAAUUGCAGGAGAAAUGAUUGCUGAACUGUGUUUCCGACUGACGACCCUGCUUCUUCUUCUUCUCUUUCACAAAUACAUAUCUACUGUACACUUUAUAUUCUCUCAGACUGGAACUACAACCGGACAGCGUCGAAUUAUUUACCAAUGUUACCAUAAUUAUAUGUAAUAAUUCUAGCAGAGAUUGCUGUAAAUGUCUGUAUAUAAGAUUAAUAAAAAAAAUAAACCUUA